AUGGGGAGAACAGCAUGUCUGGCUGCGGGAGCUGAGCCGGGGCGAGACGGGGAGGCGGCCUCUGAGGCCCAAGGGCCAGGUCGCUGGGCCGCUGAUUGGGUGGCUCCUUCAGGUUUGUCCCAAGACGGAGACUCGAGCAGCGACUGCAGCCGGGAGGACAGCCCAGGGUCCCGGCUGCCCCGCUUCGUGCUGCAGGGGAAGACCCACUUCCCGGAAAUGUUCCAGACCAGCCACCUCCUGUUCUACGAGCGGUUCAGCGCCUACCAGGACUACAUCCUCGCCGACUGCAAGGCCUCCGAGGUGAGAGAGUUCACGGCCGAGUUCCUGGAGAAGGUGCUGGAACCGUCUGGGUGGCGGGCGGUCUGGCACACCAACGUGUUCGAGGUGCUGGUGGAGGUCACGGAUGUGGACUUCACAGCCCUGAAGGCCGUGGUGCGGCUCACAGACCCCUGCCUGUGCGAGUCCCACGUGGGCACCUUCACCGCCGAGUGCGUGCGGGAGCUCCUGGAGCUGAAGGGACAGCGGCUGCCCCUGCAGGAGCUGUGGGUGGUGUUCGACGGCUCCGGGGCGUUGGACCAGACCGCGCUGGCCAUCGAGCACGUCAGGUUUUUCUACCAACACAUUUGGAGGAGUUGGGAUGAAGAGGAGGAGGACGAGUACGACUACUUUGUCCGCUGUGUGGAGCCUCGACUGAGACUGCACUACGACAUCCUGGAGGACCGCGUCCCCUCCGGCCUGGUCGCCGACUACCGCAGCCUGCUGGCGCAGUGCGAGGGCGUCUACAGGAGCUUCCUGAACCUGCGGAGCAGCCUGUCGGCCUGCCACGCGGACUCGGAGCAGGAGAACGUGUCCAUGGUGCAGGGGCUGGAGCUGUACUCGGAGCUGGAGCAGCUCAAGCAGAAGCUGAAGCUCAUCGAGAACCCCUUGCUGAGGUACGUGUUCGGUUACCAGAAGAAUUCUAACGUCCAAGCAAAGGGUGCCCGUCUGAGUGGCCAGAAGGUCACGCACAUCGUCUCCUCCACCAUGGUGACCGGGCUGCUGCAGGCCCUGCUCAGGGACCGGCUCUGUCAGGAGCCGGGCGCGGAGGACACGGAGGUCCAGUUCCACAGUGACCCGCUGUCGGCCGUCAGCGCCUGCUAUGAAGGCGACAGGGUGAUCGUCUGUCCUGGCCGCUACGUGGUGCAGGGCGCCAUCUCCAUCGCCGACUCCAUCGAGCUGGAAGGGUACGGGCUGCCCGAUGACAUCGUGAUAGAGAAGAGGGGCAAGGGGGACACCUUCGUGGACUGCUCGGGCGCCGACGUGAGGAUCUCCUGCGUGAAGUUUAUCCAGCACGACGCCGUCGAGGGGAUCUUAGUCAUCCACCGGGGCAGGACCACCGUGGAGAACUGCGUGCUGCAGUGCGAGACCACCGGCGUGACCGUGCGCACCUCCGCGGAGCUUGUCAUGAAGACCUCGGACCUGUGUGGGGCUAAGGGGGCUGGCGUGGAGAUCUACCCCGGCAGCACGUGCUCCCUGAGCGACAGCGGGAUCCACCACUGCCGCGAGGGCAUCCUCAUCAAGGACUUCUUAGAUGAGCAUUACGACCUUCCCAAAAUCUCCCUGGUGAACAACAUCAUACACAACAACGAGGGCUACGGCGUUGUCUUGGUGAAGCCUAGAAUCUUCUCUGACCUGCAAGAACACGCCCAGGGCGGAGCCGAAGAAAAUAAAGCACCUAAAGCGCAGCCGCGGGGGGAGGACCCGGAGGAGCUGAUGGAGGGCGCGGCCCGGAAGGGGGGGCUUCGUACGAGGCCCGGGCCCCCUGGGCAGCUGGAAGGCAACUGCGAGAUCGUCAGUGAGCUGGUGGCCGCCUCCGCACAGAAAGGGCAGCUGAGGAAGAAGCGGCUGAGCGAGCUGGGGAUCACGCAGGCGGACGACACCCUCAUGUCCCAGGGCCUGUUCGUGGCCAUCGCCGAGAACCAGUUCAAGUGGAACGGGAAGGGCAGCUUCGGCACGUUUCUCUUCUGACUGUGCGGGAACUUGCACACGGACCCCAGGCCCCGCGCACCACUGCUCGCUCCCCGUCUGCUUCACGCUCGCGGGCCGCUGGGACCGGUGUGGGGGGACCCGCCUGCAGGUGCACGGACGCCCCCUCUGUCCGAAGGCGCUGGCAUCGUGUGAAGCGGGGCGUACGCGGGAUCCCUGUCCAGACGGGCGCGCACGGUUCUCUGACACAGCCCGUCACAGCCCUGGUGUAAGCGCACCACCCCUGGCUCUCCCCAGGAGCCAGGCCGGGGCGCAGGGCGGGCACGAGGGCCCAUCCUGGAACACACAGGCCCCUGCGGUGCCCUCUGAUCCGGAGGCAGCGCGUCCGGCCCCUGCGGAGUUUGCACAACUCUCCUCUCAGAGGAGCAGCUCUAUGAUGGCAGCCUGGCCUGGUCAGGCUCCCGCCGGGGGGCUGCGUGCUUACGUCGCUCUGUGCCAUCCUGAGAGCAGACGUGGAGCGUGUGCCCGGAGCGGAGUGAGCGUGGAGCGUGGACGAGCGUGGGAGCGUGAGAAGGCGCUCCUCACCAUAGCAGUGUUCUGAUCCGAUUCUCACCCGGGGGAACCUACAGACUAGGUCAGCUCUGCAGUCCGUGUCAUGUAAAGCCCAGCUUAAAGGUAUUUAUAUUUAAAAGGUUACAUGUACAUUAAUAUACUAACGAUUAAAGUGACUG